AUGAUCAAGUAUGCAUUAAUCCUAUUAAUCACUUGCUACUGUCACAAAGUGUUGUCAACUAAUACAACUGGUCAUAGAUCUGGUUACAUAAUUGGAGGAAAAACAGUGCCUAUAACCCAAUAUCCAUUCAUCGUUUCUUUCCGUAGACAAGGAAUGCACUUUUGUGGAGGAUCAAUUGUGAGUCGACGUUGGAUAUUGACAGCAGCACAUUGUCUAAAUCAUAUAAGUUAUUUAAAUAAGUGUGUGCCAUCACUUAAAAUAAUUGCAGGAUCUAGCAAUUGUGAAAGCUAUAAAAGCGAUAAAAAUUCCCAAGCCAUUAGAGGAAAGAAAUGCAUCCUUCACAAAAAUUACGUGUCAGGAUCAGAACAAAACGAUAUCGGUAUGGUUUACUUGAGAAGUCCAUUACGAUAUACCAAAUAUGUGCAACAAGCUCCCAUACCAUCAAUGAAAAAUUCUCGUAUAGACUUGAGUGAAAAGUAUGACGAAUGUACUGCAAUCGGUUGGGGACGGACUUCAGUUAAAUAUGAUGAUUAUGGAUCAAAUUUUCUUAAAUCUGUUGAACUACCUUUGAUAUCUCAUUCAUCUUGCAGACAAAAAUGGAGACGAUACUCACGCACAGAGAUAAAAGAAACACAAGUUUGCACAUUUUCAAAUCUUUAUGAAAAAGGUGCUUAUAAAGGUGAUUCUGGAAGUCCUCUGAUUUGUGGAGAAAAUCAAGUUGGAAUAACAUCUUUCACAGCAGAACCUGAUAUCGCAAUGCUGCCAAUUGUAUUUACACGUGUUGAUAAAUAUAUAAAGUGGAUUAAAAAAACAAUGAAGUCAGGGUCUUCGACAUAUUAUAAGUCACUUUAUUUUGCACUUUUGUUAAAUAUAAAUAAGACUAUAUUUUUGCACUUUCUGUGA